CAUAGGGAGCGGGGAGAAUGCUCUUUGUAUAUGCUUUGUGGCAACGCUUCUCCUUGCCAUGAAGCCUCCAGGGCGGGUGCCCGUCGGAGUCACAAGGAUACUCACGGACACAGACUGGUCUGAACCAUGGAUCUUAGGUCUUGUAUUUUUCCACAUAGCUUGCCUAUUCCUCACAUACUUUUCAUUCCGGCACUACCGCCUGCAAAUAGUACAUUUUCUUGCUAUCAUGAUCCUGGUAUACUGUGCAGAAUAUGUAAAUGAAAUGGCUGCUGCAAACUGGAGGUUGUUCUCAAAACACCAGUACUUUGAUUCCAAAGGAAUGUUCAUUUCCUUGGUGUUCUCGGCACCAUUACUGCUGAAUGGUAUCAUCAUUGUGAUUGCUUGGGUUUAUAAAACAGCAAACGUAAUGACAGAGCUAAAGACAAUACAGCUGAAAAGGAAAGCAAAAAGAGAAAAUAAGAAAAGUCAAUAAAUAAUAAUACUGUGGUCAUGUUUACUGGAGAGAUGCCAUACUGUCAGUCUUAAAAAUGUGAUGUUGGAAGGUGUAAGGUUUUUAAGAAUUAAUUGUGUUUGUUCUUUAAAAAAUUAACCAUUCCAUUUUCUGCCAGUUCAAAAUUACGACGCACAUGGUUGCCAGUUCAUAAAAAUGAUUGUCUUUCAUACCAGUUGUUUUUUCUCUGGCAGCUAUCGCUACAAUGUCACUUGUAAAUCGGACAGCAAGACAACCUUUUGCUGUGGAAAGCAGCAGAGCCUGCCCUCCUAAGUAUACUUGUUUGGAUAUAAGUUCCUUUGACUGACUGACCUUUAUUUUAAGCAUUUGUAUCUAACUGAGGUGUAAACUAAUAUUGUGUAGCACUGUACAAACCAUUACAUAUCAGUUUUCUGUUUUUACAAUUAAACACUUUCCCCCCCUUA